AUGGAACGCAGACCAUCGAACCCAGAAAUCAUGCAUCGUUCAUCGACGUCGGAUAUUAUAAAGCGUCAGAGACAUCGAGAGAGAGUGGAUGUAACACGAAUCAAUGCUACAAAUGAUUACAUUAUGUCACUGGAAGAUAUCAUUCAGAAGAAGAAUACACAGAUCAUUUCGCUGAAUUCCAAAAUAGAACAAUUCAAACCACUAACGGACUUCCAACAGAAGAGUGACCCGACACAAUGCGCGGACGCAGUGAUCGAAUUGGUGCUCAGUUUGUUGGACAAUAAGACGUCUGAGAUCAAAGAAAAAAUAUUGAAGAAGUGGACGUGUGCGCUCCAAACAAAACAAUUUAUUCAGACCCCAAGAAGCGUGUUUAAGUCAUUCACACUGUCACCACGAAAACCAAAAUUUCAAUACGUCGACGUCAACGAAGAAGUCCCAAAAGUCGUUGUGAAACCACACAACGAAAUUAUGAUGCCGUGCUAUCACAAAAAGGCUAAACCUAACGACAAACUGUUUGACUGCUUGGUCGACGAAUUUUGUUCGGGGCAGUCCGAAAAUUACGAAAACUUCCAAAUCCUCACGAAGUUGUUUAUCAGCCCACUUCGAACACUUGCACUUGCACAUCUUGAAAUCAAAACACUUGACAUUGUCAUACCAUUUGUGAUGAGGGUGGAGCGUAACAUCUCGAGAUAUCUCUUAUUAAAAGAGGAAGACAUGUGGGACAAAAUUAAGACGGUCUUCCAGGAGAUGGCAGAGAACGUCUCACUGAUUUCCGGCUUUGAAAAUAGUGAAAUACACUCAGCGAUAUCCGAAGCGUGCACAGACGCCAAUUUCAAGAAGGAACAAGAAAGCAAAAUUAAUGAACAAAAAAGCUCGAGUGAGACACAAAUAUACCCCGUCACCUUUUAUUUGGAAAGUCCACUGAUUUGGUUCAAAGAAAAGCGAUUGAAGAUGCUUGAGGACUUACUCGAUGCCCUCUCACCAAGCCACGCGAUGUAUCAAUCUCUCAAAGAGUGUUAUUUAGUAUAUACCGACUUAUUGAAAAAGUACGACGAAAUUAUGAAGGAAAAGGCAUCAGAGAAAACCCUUUUGAAAGUUUCUGAACUUGUAAAAGAUCAAGAGGUUUUCAAAAAAAGUCGGAAGUUGUUGCACUUUGGGGCAUUAAAAGUUGUUGAAGAAAAAGAGGACUGGUGUAUGGGAUUUUUGUUCAGUGAUUUGUUCUUAUUAGCAAAGCCCUCUGUACCAAAAGAAUAUACCAAAGAGAAGGAGUCCUUACUUCGGUUUGAAAAUGUGCCAUGUGGGACUGAUGUGGAGGUUCUUAACAAGUAUUCAUUUGACGAAAUAACGCAGUUUGACUUGACACAAUUCGAUGUGAAGAAGAUAGUCGAUAACAUCACAUUGAUCAAUGCAUUCAUGAUCCAAGCAAAGAACUUUAAGCGACAUUGUGGUUGUGUCAAUUCAAGGGAGAGUCAAGAAUGGACUUCAGCGUUGAUCCACAUCAAACAUAUAAUUUAA